AUGAGCAACAGGCUGGGCCACUGUUGAGGUUAACACAACGGUCGGAGCUAAAGUUGUAUCCCGUUGUAUAGCCUUUCUAAAGUGAACCCUUUAUUUCUAAGUUUUACCCUAUUCCAUUUUCUUUAACACUGGGUGGAAAGCAGGAGUUUACUGUAUCUGACUUUUAAUAGAACAACCGGGUUUGUUCGAGGCCGUGCCAUGGAUGAAGUACGGCCUACCAGUGGAGCUCAAGCCCACGGGCUAGUACCUCUGUUUCCCCCCGGACUGCAAGCUAUCUACGGAGAAUGCCGGCGACUUUACCCCGAUCAGGCCAACCCGCUUCAAGUUACAGCUAUUGUAAAAUACUGGUUAGGGGGUCCAGACCCAUUAGACUACAUUAGCAUGUAUAGAAAUCUGGGCUGCCCUGCUCAGGACAUCCAGGAACAUUGGCACUAUGUCAGCUUUGGACUAAGUGAUCUGUACGGGGACAACAGGGUUCAUGAAUUCACAGGGGCCGAUGGACCCAGUGGUUUUGGCUUUGAGCUCACGUUUAGGCUCAAAAGGGAGGCAGGAGAGACUGCACCACCAACCUGGCCAGCUGAACUCAUGCAAGGGUUGGCCCGUUAUGUGUUCCAGUCAGAAAAUACCUUUUGUAGUGGUGACCAUGUAUCGUGGCACAGUCCUUUAGACAAUAGUGAGUCUCGCAUCCAGCAUAUGUUGCUGACAGAAGACCCACAGAUCCAACCCGUUCAUACGCCGUUUGGUUUAGUGAGUUUUCUGCAGAUUGUUGGUGUAUGUACAGAAGAGCUGCAGGCGGCCCAGCAGUGGAACGGCCAAGGAAUCCUGGAGCUUAUGCGUGGAGUCAGAGUAGCCGGCGGUCCGUGGCUCAUCACAGACAUGAGGCGAGGGGAGACCAUUUUCGACAUCGACCCACACCUACAACAGGAGAGGGUGGACCAGGGAAUUGAGACAGAAGGCUCUAACCUGAGUGGGGUCAGCGCCAAGUGUGUGUGGGAUGACCUGAGUCGACCACCAGAGGAUGAGGAGGACAGCCGAUCCAUCUGCAUCGCAUCACAGCCACGGCGGCUUUCAGACAAAGACACAGAGCAGAUAAGGGAGACCCUGAGAAAAGGACUGGAGUUCAACAGCAAAGCAGCACUGCCACCCAUCAACAACCAGAGACAGAGCAAUGAAAGAUCCCAGAGUCGAAAGGACAGUUUGGAGAGCGAGAGCUCAGCAGCCAUUGUUCCUCACGAGCUGGUCCGAACGCGACAGUUGGAGAGCGUCCAUUUGAAAUUCAACCAGGAGUCGGGCACGCUGCUGCCCCUAUGCCUGCGAGGUCGAUUGCUUCAUGGGCGACAUUUUACGUACAAAAGCAUCAACGGCGACACAGCUAUCACAUUUGUGUCGACAGGAGUUGAAGGAGCAUUUGCUACUGAGGAGCAUCCAUAUGCAGCCCAUGGCCCCUGGCUUCAGAUAUUGUUGACUGAAGAGUUUGUGGAGCAGAUGCUCGGGGAUUUACAGGAACUUAACACUCGUGAGGAAACAAAACUACCAAAGGAGUACAGUUGGCCAGAAAAGAAGCUGAAGAUUUCAGUCCUGCCAGACUCUGUGUUUGAUAAUCCACUGCAGUGAGAAAAAUGCCAACAAAAACACCUGGGAGCAGUUGCAUCAGCUGGACUUAAACUGACUGCCAAGUUGUUUUUUUUUCUUAAGAGCAGUCUUUAGAAAGAACUUUAUGUCAACUGCACCAACCGAACUUAAGCUUAUUCUUAACUACAGCCAGUUUUAACAGUUUGUUCCUGUGAGUGCCUAUAGCAGUGCAUGUAACUGAGAUAUUGUUAAAAAAUAUUCCACUGUGUUGUUACUUUAUAUCAUUUGCAGGAACCAUGAAAACCAAAGAAAAAAAAGACACAAUUUAGCUACACAGGAAUUAAAAAAAGUAUUGAGUCGUACAGUCAGGGUAAGAAAAUGUCUACUCUGAAACAGUUAAUCUUAUUACAAAUAAGAGGAAGCAGUCAACUUGGAAAGAAACACCAGAGGCCAUAAAUAACUGGACAUUGCAUACGAGGAAGGCAGUGCAGUGACAGUUACACCCUAUGGAAGACCUGACAGACAGUAGACAUAUGGACGCUGAUCAUGUCUCCAAUGGGAGCAGGUCUUUUCGGACCCUGCACGUUUCGCAUGAGACGGUUUGCGGCUGAGCGUUUUGCAUGACACAGUUUGCACCCGACCUGGAUGUUUCGAACCCUGGGAUAAAGACUUUUUGGGCCAGACUUAGCGCAUUGAUAAACACAUAAAUACAUGAAAUAUGUAAAUGUGUACAACAUAUUUGACACUGUAUCAUGAUUGAAAUCCAACCUAAAUUUGUUGAUAAGAUGAAUAGUUUGAUUAGUUUGUCACCCAAUAACUUUGAAAGUAGCAUUUCAGAGAGCUUGGUACAUGUCAUUUGCGAUGUAGAUCUCAUGAUAUUGAAAUUAAUAUAAUCUAUUUUAUACAUAUUUAGAAUAUCUUCUUCCUAACUAAUUAAUGUAAACAUGAAUGUACUGGGGGAGGAGUUUAAAAUGUGCUAUGCCUUGAAUGAAGCAUCAAAAAUCACUGUAAAAUUGUAUAGCUGAGUGACAGAGUUAUGGGGGGAGGGCUUACAGAGAUUACCCCUUGCCACCCUCACCAGAUAAGAAACCAUGCUAAUUAUGCCCAGUAGGCUUGUGAGGCGAAACGUCCAGACUUCAGGUGUGAAACAGAGGAGGCGAAACGUCUGGCACCCUCUCCAACAGGGUUUUAGGUGCACUGACCUAAAGUACAAGUCCAGUUCUUCCAGACAGAAUCUAAAUCUUACAACCAGUUCCACUUUGCUAUACAUAUUCCUGUGGAUUGCCUCCAUCCCUAACAACUGUCCCAUCUUAAAGCAUCAAGCAAGAACCAUUUGCACACUUGUAUGUUUCAGUCUUACUCAGAAAAUAAGAGAACAUCCAGAUGGAAAAAGGUCUUGCUUGAUGGACAGUAUCUUAAUGUUACAAGGUGUGCUGUUGUUAUAGAAAUGACGUAGAUGUCGAGCUAACGCUUGCUCCUGAUGAAGUAAGAUUUGUGUUAGAUAUAUGUUUUGUUGUAGCAAAAAAGAAGACUUGAGGUUAAAUGGUGCAGUUGGCAUGAAUAUUAAAAUACAACUUAAAAUACCAAGUUACAUCCAACUUGGCUAAAACCAGGUGUAAGCCCUGUUGGUGCAACCGGCUCCUGAAGAGACACAUUUCCUGAGUGGACCACCAUGCACAGGUGACCUCCCAGGACAUAAUGAUGACCUAUGGUGCCCUUGAGUCGCUCACAUACAUCUUGUUUGCACAGUAGAUGGCUGGAGACUGUUGGACUGAAAAUCAGAUUGAUCAGAAAAUCAACAGGAUAUUCUAAAGACUUCUUCACUGUUUCUGCGUUCUCACACUAGCCCCACUGUUUACAACAUUUCUCAGAGCCGUAAAUGCUGUUGGAGAUGCCAAGUCAGCCCCAAACCUGCCUGUCCAGAUGGUUGACCUGUUAGAACAAUCACUAUCGGCGACACACUAGUUGUGUGAAAUUAGGAUGUUGUCAUUCCUCCCUUAUGGCCUGCACAGGUCUCGGGUCCAAAAUUCACAUCACUAAUGCAUUUGAGCAUGCAUCCUGUGAUCAAGAGAUUCAUGUCCCGAGCAAUACGUAAAAAAAAAAACCUAUAUUUAUUUGAGCAUGGGCGAAAAGUAAUAUGUUGAGCCUUUGUAUCAGUGUUCUUUUAAUUGAGGUAAUGUGUAAAAUAUUGACAAAUGCUGGACAUUUUUCUCUUUAUUUGUAUGUGGUCAUACCAAAGUUAUACUGUAUGUGUUUGCCCUGUCAGUUUUGCCACAAAUGUGUCAUAAUUCAGCUGCAAUUCCAUGACAGGCUUCACUGUGAUGACUGUUACUGCCUGUGUACUGUGAUAACCAAACAAGCAUCUAAACUGUUCAUGUGUAUCUGUCAGAAGCUGCAGAUACAACCACCUGCUUCCCUUGUGCCAAGAACACGCCUCCUGUAUUGUGUCUCUUUUUGGCGUCUCUCACAGUUGAUUAUGAGUUUGUUUGGUUUUUUUAGUCUUGUCAGUUUUACAGGCUGAGAAGCUCAUUGCCGUCAUUUUAGUGAUGUCUCCAACUGCCGCAAAUAUGAAAUGUUUUGUUUCUGCCAACAGGACCUGCUUGGAAAAGGGUUUGGAUAAAAAUUCCUUAGUGCCUUGAGUUGAAACGGACCACAUAUUCUCUCUUGACUCCUAAUGCUGCCUUCACAUGUUGAACUGUUACGUCACUUAAAGGCAGCUGCGUUCACUGUCUUUUUCCGAUACUGUCAUUACAUUCCAUAUAAACACUAAAAAAAGAGAAAUGACUACUUUUUACUACAGUUUCUUACAAAAAUGUACUCUUUAUACAAUAAGUGAUGACAUAUCUUAUUUUUGUUUGUCUUUUUAUUCAGAGUGACAAAUGUAAAGUUUAGAUGAAAUUGAUAUGGUAUUUUGUAAUUUCUGUCUUAUUUUGACUGAACUGGCUGAUUGUAAUCCCAAGUGCAUUAAAGAGUGUAGGUAUUUACACAAAUAAAGCUGGAACGCUUCAUGCACAGUAGCAGAGGAAGUAA